AUGGCUUCGUACGGCGCAUCUCCAUACGCUUCCACGAGCACGAGCUCGCAUGCCGAAUCGCCUCUGGACAAGGUGCGCGAAUACACGUCCAAGGUCGAGGACCUGAUCGACCAGUACACGCAGCCUAUCAAGCCGCAUCUGCCGGCGCUGGGUCGAUUCCUGAUCGUCGUCACGUUCCUCGAGGAUGCGCUCCGAAUCAUGACGCAGUGGUCCGAUCAGAAGUACUACCUGCAACGUCACCGUGGGUUCCCUUGGGGCAUCAGCCACAUUUUCCUGCUUGCCAACGUUGUGGUCAUGUGCGCUGGCUCGGCAGCUGUGAUCUUGCGCAAAUACCCGGAAAUCUCGGUGGGCGCACUGUUCGGCGUCGUGGUCGUCCAAGGGUUCGGAUACGGACUGAUCUUUGAUCUCAACUUUUUCCUGCGCAAUCUGUCGGUCGUCGGUGGACUUCUGAUGGUGCUUUCCGACAGUUUUGCUGCGAAAAAGAACAUCUUUGCCGGUCUGCCUAGUCUUAGCGAGACGGAUCGCAAGAUCUACUUUCAGCUCGCAGGUCGUGUGCUGCUCAUCUUCCUGUUCAUCGGCUUUAUCAUUCAGGGCGAGUGGUCGGUGGCACGUGUUUUGGUGUCCGUGCUCGGCUUGGGCGCCUGCGUCAUGGUCGUCGUUGGCUUCAAGGCCAGGUGGAGCGCUAGCUUCCUCGUCCUCAUCCUCAGCGUUUUCAACGUGUUUGUCAACAACUUCUGGACCGUCCAUUCAGCGCAUCCGUCGCGCGACUUUUUGCGUUACGACUUCUUCCAGACUCUGUCCAUCGUCGGUGGACUCUUGUUGCUCGUCAACAUGGGUCCCGGCGGUCUCUCGGUCGACGAACGAAAGAAAGUCACUUGA